UGGGGAAGAUGGCGGCAGCCGCGAGCACUCUUCUCUUCUUGCCGCCGGGGACUUCAGACUGAGCCUUCCCGGGAAGAGUAGGGACUGCUGGUGCCCUACGUCCCGGGAGCCCGAGCUAACUCGGUUCCCCCCUUAGUGGUAGGGAAGGGCUUAUUUUCUUGUGCGGCGGACUCAGGCCCUCCCCGCCGCCAGGAUGAAGGCUCAGGGGGAAACCGAGGAGUCGGAAAAGCUGAGUAAGAUGAGUUCUCUUUUGGAACGGCUCCAUGCAAAGUUUAACCAAAACAGACCUUGGAGUGAAACAGUUAAGCUUGUGCGUCAAGUCAUGGAGAAGAGGGUUGUGAUGAGUUCUGGAGGGCACCAAUAUUUGGUCAGCUGUUUGGAGACAUUGCAGAAGGCUCUCAAAGUAACAUCUUUACCAGCAAUGACUGACCGUUUGGAGUCUAUAGCAAGACAGAAUGGACUGGGCUCUCAUCUCAGUGCCAGUGGCACUGAAUGUUACAUCACGUCAGAUAUGUUCUAUGUGGAAGUGCAGUUAGAUCCUGCAGGACAGCUUUGUGAUGUAAAAGUGGCUCACCAUGGGGAGAAUCCUGUGAGCUGUCCAGAGCUUGUACAGCAGCUAAGGGAAAAAAAUUUUGAUGAAUUCUCUAAGCACCUUAAGGGUCUUGUUAAUCUGUAUAACCUUCCGGGGGACAACAAACUGAAGACUAAAAUGUACUUGGCUCUCCAAUCCUUAGAACAGGAUCUAUCUAAAAUGGCAAUUAUGUACUGGAAAGCAACCAAUGCUAGUCCCUUGGAUAAGAUUCUUCAUGGAAGUGUUGGCUAUCUCACUCCAAGGAGUGGGGGUCAUUUAAUGAACUUGAAGUACUAUGCCUCUCCCUCUGACCUGCUGGAUGAUAAGACUACAUCUCCCAUCAUUUUGCAUGAGAAUAAUGUUCCUCGGUCUUUGGGCCUGAAUGCAUCUGUGACAAUUGAAGGCACAUCUGCUAUGUACAAACUUCCAAUUGCACCGUUAAUUAUGGGGUCACAUCCAGUUGACAACAAAUGGACCCCCUCCUUCUCCUCAGUCACCAGCGCCAACAGUGUUGAUCUUCCUGCCUGUUUCUUCCUGAAAUUUCCCCAGCCAAUCCCAGUAUCUAGAGCAUUUGUUCAGAAACUUCAGAAUUGCACAGGAAUUCCAUUAUUUGACACUCAGCCAACUUAUGUACCCCUUUAUGAAUUGAUCACUCAGUUUGAGCUCUCAAAGAACCCUGAUCCUAUACCUUUGAAUCACAACAUGCGAUUUUAUGCGGCUCUUCCAGGCCAGCAGCACUGCUAUUUCCUCAACAAAGAUGCUCCUCUUCCAGAUGGCCGAAGUCUACAGGGAACCCUUGUUAGUAAAAUCACCUUUCAGCACCCUGGCCGAGUUCCUCUUAUCCUAAAUCUGAUCAGACACCAGGUGGCCUAUAACACCCUAAUUGGAAGCUGUGUCAAAAGAACUAUUCUGAAAGAAGAUUCUCCUGGGCUUCUUCAAUUUGAGGUGUGUCCCCUCUCAGAGUCCCGUUUCAGCAUAUCUUUUCAGCACCCUGUGAAUGACUCCCUGGUGUGUGUGGUGAUGGAUGUGCAGGACUCAACGCACGUGAACUGUAAACUGUACAAGGGGCUGUCAGAUGCACUCAUCUGCACAGAUGACUUCAUUGCUAAAGUUGUUCAAAGAUGUAUGUCCAUCCCUGUGACGAUGAGGGCUAUUCGGAGGAAAGCUGAAACCAUUCAGGCCGACACCCCAGCCCUGUCCCUCAUUGCAGAGACAGUUGAAGAUAUGGUGAAAAAGAACCUGCCCCCGGCUAGCAGCCCAGGGUAUGGCAUGACCACAGGCAACAACCCAAUGAGUGGUACCACUACACCAACCAACACCUUUCCGGGGGGUCCCAUUACCACCUUGUUUAAUAUGAGCAUGAGCAUCAAAGAUCGGCAUGAGUCGGUGGGCCAUGGGGAGGACUUCAGCAAGGUGUCUCAGAACCCAAUUCUUACCAGUUUGUUGCAAAUCACAGGGAACGGGGGGUCUACCAUUGGCUCGAGUCCGACCCCUCCUCAUCACACGCCGCCACCUGUCUCUUCGAUGGCCGGCAACACCAAGAACCACCCGAUGCUCAUGAACCUUCUUAAAGAUAAUCCUGCCCAGGAUUUCUCAACCCUUUAUGGAAGCAGCUCUUUAGAAAGGCAGAACUCCUCUUCGGGCUCACCCCGGAUGGAAAUGUGCUCAGGGAGCAACAAGGCAAAGAAGAAGAAGUCAUCAAGAUUACCACCUGACAAACCCAAGCACCAGACUGAAGAUGACUUUCAGAGGGAGCUAUUUUCAAUGGAUGUUGACUCACAGAACCCUAUCUUUGAUGUCAGUAUGACAGCUGACACACUGGAUACUCCACACAUUACUCCAGCUCCAAGCCAGUGUAGCACUCCCCCAACAACUUACCCACAGCCAAUACCUCACGCCCAGCCCAGUAUUCAAAGGAUGGUCCGACUAUCCAGUUCAGACAGCAUUGGUCCAGAUGUAACCGAUAUCCUAUCAGACAUUGCAGAAGAAGCCUCUAAGCUUCCCAGCACUAGUGAUGAUUGUCCACCCAUUGGCACCCCUGUUCGUGAUUCUUCAAGCUCUGGGCAUUCUCAGAGUGCCCUCUUUGAUCCUGAUGUCUUUCAAACCAGUAAUAAUGAAAAUCCAUAUACUGAUCCAGCUGACCUUAUUGCAGAUGCUGCUGGAAGCCCCAAUAGUGACUCUCCUACCAAUCAUUUUUUUCCUGAUGGAGUAGAUUUCAAUCCUGAUUUAUUGAACAGCCAGAGCCAAAGUGGUUUUGGAGAAGAAUAUUUUGAUGAAAGCAGCCAAAGUGGAGAUAACGAUGAUUUCAAAGGAUUCACAUCCCAGGCAUUAAAUACUUUGGGGGUGCCAAUGCUUGGAGGUGAUAAUGGGGAGACUAAGUUUAAAGGCAAUAGCCAAGGUGACACAGUUGAUUUCAGUAUUAUAGCAGUGGCUAGUAAGGCUUUGGGUCCUGCAGACAUUAUGGAGCAUCACAGUGGCAGCCAGAGUCCUUUGGUGACCACUGGGGACUUAGGAAAAGAAAAAACUCAAAAGAGGGUAAAGGAAGGCAAUGGCACCAGUAAUAGUAGUCUGUCAGGGCCAGGUUUAGACAGCAAACCAGGGAAACGCAGUCGGACCCCUUCUAAUGAUGGCAAAAGCAAAGAUAAGCCUCCAAAGCGUAAGAAGGCAGAUAUGGAGGGGAAAUCUCCAUCUCAUAGUUCUAACCGACCUUUUACCCCACCUACUAGUACAGGUGGAUCCAAAUCUCCAGGCAGUUCAGGAAGGUCUCAGACUCCCCCAGGUGUUGCCACACCACCCAUUCCCAAGAUCACUAUUCAGAUUCCCAAGGGAACGGUGAUGGUGGGCAAACCCUCCUCUCACAGUCAGUAUACCAGCAGUGGUUCUGUGUCUUCCUCAGGCAGUAAAAGCCACCAUAGCCAUUCUUCCUCCUCCUCUUCAUCUGCUUCCACCUCAGGCAAGAUGAAAAGCAGUAAAUCAGAAGGUUCAUCAAGUUCCAAGUUAAGUAGUAGUAUAUAUUCUAGCCAAGGGUCUUCUGGAUCUAGUCAGUCCAAAAAUUCAUCCCAGUCUGGGGGGAAGCCAGGUUCUUCUCCAGUUUCUAAGCAUGGACUAAGUAGCAGCUCUACCACCAAGAUGAAACCUCAAGGGAAGCCAUCAUCACUUAUGAAUCCUUCUCUAAGUAAACCAAACAUAUCCCCUUCUCAUUCAAGGCCACCUGGAGGUUCUGAUAAGCUUGCCUCUCCAAUGAAGCCUGUUCCUGGGACUCCCCCAUCCUCUAAAGCCAAGUCCCCUAUCAGUUCAGGAUCUGGCGGUUCUCAUAUUUCUGGAACUAGUUCAAGCUCUGGCAUGAAGUCAUCUUCAGGGUUAGGAUCCUCAGGCUCAUUAUCCCAGAAAACUCCCCCAUCAUCUAAUUCUUGCACAGCAUCUUCCUCUUCUUUUUCCUCAAGUGGCUCUUCCAUGUCAACCUCUCAGAACCAGCAUGGGAGUUCCAAAGGGAAAUCUCCUAGCAGAAAUAAGAAGCCAUCCUUAACAGCUGUCAUAGAUAAACUGAAGCAUGGGGUUGUUACCAGUGGCCCUGGAGGUGAAGACCCAAUGGAUGGCCAGAUGGGGGUGAGCACAAAUUCUUCUAGCCAUCCCAUGUCCUCCAAACAUAACAUGUCAGGAGGAGAAUUCCAGAGCAAGCGUGAGAAAAGUGAUAAAGACAAAUCAAAGGUUUCCACCUCGGGGGGCUCAGUGGAUUCUUCCAAGAAGACUUCAGAGUCAAAAAGUGUGGGGAGCACGGGUGUGGCAAAAAUCAUCAUCAGCAAGCAUGAUGGGGGAUCCCCCAGCAUUAAAGCCAAAGUGACUUUGCAGAAACCUGGGGAAAGUAGUGAAGGGCUCAGGCCUCAGAUGGCCUCUUCCAAAAACUAUGGCUCUCCACUCAUCAGUGGUUCCACUCCAAAGCAUGAUCGUGGCUCUCCAAGCCAUAGUAAGUCACCAGCAUAUACCCCCCAGAAUCUGGACAGUGAAAGUGAGUCAGGUUCCUCCAUAGCAGAGAAAUCUUACCAAAAUAGUCCCAGCUCAGAUGAUGGCAUCCGACCACUUCCAGAAUACAGCACAGAGAAGCAUAAGAAGCACAAAAAAGAAAAGAAGAAAGUAAAAGACAAAGAUAGGGACCGGGACAAAGAUCGAGACAAGAAAAAAUCUCAUAGCAUGAAGCCAGAGAGUUGGUCUAAAUCACCCAUCUCUUCAGACCAGUCCUUGUCUAUGACAAGUAACACAAUUUUAUCUGCAGACAGGCCCUCAAGGCUUAGCCCUGACUUUAUGAUUGGGGAGGAAGAUGAUGAUCUUAUGGAUGUGGCCCUGAUUGGCAACUAGGAACCUUAUUUUCUAAAACAUAAAACAUGGCCAGAGAAAAACGAAUAAGUUUAUGGGCAAACUACUAUAGGGGUGAGUCAGGUCUGAUUUGUGUUUAAGAAUCUUAAAUGGCAUGGCUUUGAUGAUGAGCUGGGUGAAUUUAGAAAGACAUAGCCAGACCCCUCUAAAGAGACCACAAGGUUUGAUUCUUGUUACAAAGAAUUCCUUGUUCCUUUGCCAGAGGAAUAAGAAAGUUAAUAUAGUUGCUUAGGAAAGUGG